UCUUAAGCCCCGCCCCCUCUUAUUGUUUCUUUAGUCGGGAGUCAACUUAGACCAAAAAGAAAUCAGCUUCAUUUAUUCAUAUGUUAUGAAUAAAAAUGGAGAGUACAAAGAAGUGGACUUCCGAAAGUCUGAGAAGAUGUUUUCUGAGGAGCAACCUGCUAGCAAUAGUCACCGUGGGCGCAGUCCUAGUGGGUGGCACUGUUGGCGUGGUUUUGAAGUCCCACUUCACCCUGUCAUCGGUCGCUAAAACCUACAUGGACUUCCCAGGAGAAAUCCUUACCAAGUUUCUUUUACUGGUGUCUUCUCUGGUUGUGACUAGUGUGAUUACGGAAGUUUCCACUGCAAGAGUCAGCCCCAGCAGGAAAAUCACCUCCCGUGCACUGACCUACUUUGUCAUCACCACAGCUCUCGCGUUGUUCAGUGGAGUACUUUUUGUAAAGCUGCUCAAACCAGGAGUCAUUGACCGGCCUGUGGUGGACAAUGAUGAAGAUGAGGAAUUAGCUUGCUCCACAGCUGAUCUCGUGAUGGAUUUCAUAAGGAACUUGUAUCCACAUAAUCUGGUCCAGGCCACCUUUCAGCACUACAAGACUCAAGCGGUGCUGGUGAGAGUUGAAGGAGAUGGCGUGAACUCCAGCCUGGAGGAGGAAGCUGUACAUGUGCGUAAAGUAGGCAUAAACGUCAGCGGGCCCAACGCGCUGGGACAGAUCACGCUAGCGUUUCUGUUUGGACUGGGUCUCAGGAAAUUCAGAAACACAGGGAAGCAGCUGAAGGAAAUCAUCGUCGCCGUCAACAUGGUCAUCAAGCUUCUGGUGGAACUGAUCAUCGUGGUCUACCUGCCAUUUGGGCUGGUGUUCAUGAUGGCGAGGUACGCGUACGAAGUUCCUGACGAAGCGGAGGUGGUACUCGCCCUGGUGAAGUUCGUGGCGGUGGUCGUCUGCGGGCUCACCCUCCACGGACUGGUGUUACCGCUCAUCUAUGUGCUCUGUGUGAGACGAAACCCCGCUCCCGUCAUUAAAGGAGUUUCUCCUGCGCUGCUGAAGGCUCUGCUCAUCUCACGCACCUCUGCAUCCACAGAGGCCUCGAGGUGCUGUGAGAGCAUUCUCAGCAUGGACAGAAGAAUCACUCGGUUCAUGCUGCCGAUCGGGUCCGGCUGCUGCAUGAACGGGAAGGCCCUUUACCAGAUUGCUGCUGCUGUUUUCAUCGCUCAGCUGAGCAGGGUCUCACUGGACUGGAGCCAGUUAAUCACCCUUGGUUUAACAGUCGCAGCGGUCACCGUAGGAGUGGCGGGAAUCCCAGCUACGGGGUCCGUCACUACUUUCCUGAUUUUGACCAUCACUGGAAUUCCUUUGGAAGCUGCUUCCAUUCUGCCGGCCGUGGAAUGGCUGCUGGAUCGUCUCGGUGCAUUUGUCAACGUCCUGGGAGACAGCAUCGGCGUGGCGCUCGUCCAGCAUUUGUCAGAAGAAGAGCUGAAACACAUGGGAGCCCAGGAGCUUCUCCCAGACAGUGGCGAGGCGGCAGAGCAGCCUGAACCAGAUCCAUCCCAGCAAGACCCUGAUGUCAUCAAUUUGGUCAUUCCAAAAGAUCACUUCCUGUAGGGUCACCUGAAGGGAGCUUGAGGUCCUCCGAGUCAUGCCCCCUCCCCGUUACACUUGGCUUGUUUACGUUUGAUGUGAAAUUUCUAAAGUUACUUUUAAAGUAUUUUGAGCCCAAAUUCUGUUAUAAAGUUUAGGAUCUUACGUGUCUGGAGUUGGGUUUCAUGUCACUAAAUGCAGAGAAUAUUAAUAAAUGAUCUUUGGAUGUUCUGAGG